AACAACAAAAAAAAUUAUGGAACAACUUGAAAUAAACAAUAAAACGAAUGACAACUACAAAUCUCUUUGAAAUUUCAAGCUGCCGUAAGCUGUGCAGCCCUAACCGAACGAACAGUAACUUAAGUCGUGUGCUGAUUGCGGAAGAAGUCGCCAGCCAUGCGCUUCAACAAAUCCGAAUUAAACUCUUUGGCCACAAAUCCAGCAACAAAAUUUGAUAAGGAAGGUCUGCUUAUAAUCACAGAUCGUCAGGAGGGAUUUCUCUGGCGUAGCGAAGUUCGAGUGCAACGUUGGUGCAAAUUGCGAGGCAAUUUACUUUUCUAUUUGAAGGACAAGGAUUCAAAAUCACAAGUGGCUGGUGUAUUCGUUCUGGAGAAUUGUCGGCCUCGAUUCCAAAAUGAUCAAAUCGAUCCCGAGGGCUAUGUAUUUGAUUUAGAUUUUAAGCAGAGCCCCUCGGAAAGGUUCAUAACACAUUCCGCUGCCGAACGACUGGCCUGGGUCCGCAGCAUUGAGCAGGCAUCCAAUGAAAAAUUAAAUCAAGUUAUUAGGCAACUAAAGGAUCAAAUUGCGGCCACAAGCAGGCAGCGUCCAUUGUCAAUGGGCAAUCACAUUGAUCUGGGCAUGCCCGUGCCCAUGGCCGUUCCUGUUAGUCAGGCUACGACUACGACUACGAUGAUACAGGAGGAUCCCAAGCCGGUGGAGGCUCCUGGUUCAGUUGAAGAUUUGGAUCUGUCAGAGCUUCCCAUUUGCGAGACGUCUUUCAGCUGUGAUAAUCUUUCGGUGGAUAGUUUGGGUCGUGCUCCUAAUCCUCGCGUGGUUUGUCUGGUACUGCAGUCAGACGAUGGUGAACCUGGACUUUGGCGAGAACACGCCCGCACUGAGAUGUUGGAGCGCACCCAAUCGCCCCAAUUUCUAUGUACAAUGCGCUUCCAACGCAGUGCUGGAUUCAGUACAGCCACGCGCCUACGAUUCACCGUGCAUGAUGUAAAGGAACGAAUGUCGCUGACCUCAGUGCCUCUGGGCCAUGCCGAAGUGGCCCUUGGUGUAAUUCAAGAUGCCACAAGGCUACGUUUACCUCUGAGUUCACCUCGUGGCGAAUCUGGUUUUAUUACACUGGCUUCCUGGACACCAGAGGUGGCCCUAGAGUCAGGAUCGGGCAUGGCACCGCCUCCACGAUCGAGCACUCAGUUGUUUGAACCAAACGAAACAGCAGGAGGUCGUCGACGUGCCCAUCGUCGUACGCAGUCCCUGCCUCCAAAGCUAGCUGUACGUCUUUUUGUGCCACAGCAGUCGGGACUGCAGAGAAUUUGCGCCAGGCCUCUACUGCAUUCGUAUCGGCUGCAUUCGUCUCUGGGAGCCGACAUUAGUGUCCAGGAAACGUUGCUCGAGUCGCGGCUAUGCUGUGUUAUACCUCAGCAGCUUCUAUCCAUUUGGAUUCAGCGGGAAAAGGAACUGCUGCAAGAAGUAUCCGGCAUGGGGGAGUUGAGCGGUGAUUGGCGCGGGCGCCAAAUGAAUCUGCUCGAGGAGCAUUUGCGUCUGCUUAAGGAUUACUCGCAGGCAAAGCAGAAUAUCCAGCAAUUGGCCAGAGAUGGCAUCCAUUUCAAGCAAUCAUCCGUGAAGACAGAUGAGUCCUUGGAGUUUCUGCCCGUUAAUCUGCACGUUCAACGAAUGUGGGCCCAGAAUGACACAUUACAACGUCGUGGAGUCCUCGACGUGAUUACCGUCGGUGCCUUUACCCGGCAUGAUGUGAAGGGUCGCAAAUGCGGUGGACUCAUUAAACUGCUGCAGGAAAGCAAAUCAUGGAAGCUGGAGCAAAGCAAUGCUUGCAAGGUGCAGGCAGCCAACGAUGCUGUCCAGGCAACCAAGCAAUUGAGAAAAGAGAUUGUCGAGCUAAUGUCGCAGCUUUUGCAGUUGGCUAGUCAACGGAGUGCCCAGGAUAUGAUGCCUCUGUGUAAUCAAAUGGUGUCCAAGACUCGCACCCUGCUCAACAUCUGGGAGCCCAGCAUUGUCGAGGAGGCGGUGGCCUUUAUUGAAAAGCAUCGUAUUAUAGAAGAGCCCGAUAAUGUUCUCAUGGAACCAAUGUCGCCUUUUCGCAAAAUAACUCAACAGUUGACUGCCUUGGAUUUGAAAUCGCCAGAGCUGGAGGACUUUGCCACUCCAGUGGUAGCACCUCCAGAUCUCUGGCCUCGUGGCCAUCCAUCUCUGAUGCGCUCCAACAGCUGGCAUCCGAGCAACAAUUCGCCAUCUAGCUCUCUGGACAUCAAUGCCAUUGACUCACUGCAGCAUGCGGUCAAGUGUUAUAAUGAGCAUCUCCGUUGCUUGGAGGAGGCAGAGGCCACACAUCAGUCGUUACCCCCGGCCUGGCAGCAGUCAUCAGCACCACUUACAGUUUCCUGUUCUGCAGAUCCUCCACUACAUUUAAUUGAUCUAGAUGAGAUUAAGAAAAGACAAGCAACACCCGCUGGAUUUCUGGAUACCAAACUAAUGAAUUCCUCUCCAUCGGCAAAUUAUUAUCGGCCCACAGAGGAGCCAGAGCCAUUGGAUUUAACCCAAUUAAACAUUGAGGCUAGCGUUAUGUGCCUGGUGAGCAAACUGAAAUUCUUUUGCGGUCGCUGUGACAGUCCAGCGAUCCGACUGCGUCAUCCCAAGACGCCUCUAAAGCGUGAAGGCUUUGCAGUGUCACCACAACAGACACCUGAUGUGAUUGCUGCUCCAGGAAAAGUGCCGAUGGUGCAACCAGCAGCAAGUCAGCAGGAUCAACAGCAAUUGCCGCCAGCAGAUGGUGGAGUUAUAUUCCGAACUGGUGAUCGUGGUGGCAAGAGGGGAAACAAGUUUACAGAUGGUUUGGAUUUGUCGUUAACCACCGAUUGGACAGCCGAGUUGCGUCCCAGUAUGCGUAAGCUGCGACAUGCAAUGGACCGGAUUUUGAAGACAGCCAGGCUAAUGCACUCUGUCCAGAGGUUACAACAGGAUGUGCGUUGCAAUCGCAUCCAAGCCAGCAUCACAUAUCGAAGGGAUGUCUGCUUCUCACAGGCGUUGACAGCUUUGGUCAGUGCUCUGAUGCUUCGCCUUUGGGGAAGUGAGGUGGACAUGGCGUAUUUUAUGAUGCUGCGUGAUCUUGGGCCAUUGGCCUAUUUCGAGGGAUUGCUCUCACUUUAUGGCAGCGAGACGGACAUGUGGAGUGAUAUGUGCAUUGCCAUUGAGGAUUUGUCAGCAGUCACCUUUCAACUAGUUAGAGCCCAGGGCGAGGCUAAAGUAACGCCAACGCCAAGGAUCACAGGAUCACGCCAGGCCAUGGAAGUGCAAUUGCCCGUGCCGGAACACUCAUUGCCUGGCAAUGGGUCCACAAUUAGCUUUAAAAUUACCCCAGUCUUCUUCAACAUUGGCAUCAAUGAGAAGGCCACCAUUGCCGAGACGCUGGGCCAGACACGCGAACAGCAUCGUUCCAACUGGGAUAACUAUCUGAGACUCAGUCAGUAUGUUGGACGUUAUCGUAAACUGGGUUUGGGUUCAGUUGAUACUGGCGAGUCGCUUCAAUCGCUGCUCGGCUUCAUGGAGCAGCAGCUAAGGGCCAAUGUAUCAAAGAAUAUCAAAAUUUUACACCUGGCAGAGGAUACCUGUAGGCUGAUGGAUGGUCUGCGUUUCACCUCAUGCAAGAGUGCCAAAGAUCGCACUGGCAUGGCUGUGACACUGGAGCAGUGCCGUGUUUUGGUUCGAGAAUUUCAAUUGCCAGCAAAACAUGUGCCCAACGCCUUGAGCACCAUGCGAAGCGAAGGAACACGCAUGGAUAAUGUACUUAAAAACAUUGGCAAGCGCAAGUAUGCUUUUAAUUUGCCUCAGGUCAUCUCGUUGCCCGCAAUGUAUAGACCACCAGUUGGGGCCUAUGGCAAAGCCGAGACCUAAAAGCACUUCCUCUAAAGAAAUAUGGAACUAAAAAAACUGUGCCAAAAACAAAGUCCGAAAGACGAUUUAUACUUAAGUUAUGCACACUCCUUCCUUAAGAAUAUGUUAUGCAGAUUCAGUCAUGAACAUGUCCAUACAAACGCAUAUACCCAAACAAAAAGCAGUCGCAAAUUAUUCCAUCUGUGGGGGUUAAAUGAGAAGAAAACAUAUCAUGGCGACUAGACUAGUCAUGGACAUGGACAAUUUUUGGCUAUCUGCAAUAGUAUGAACCUUCCUCCCCCUUCCAGUUAAAGCCAAUUUAUAAGGACUACCCCGAAUUGGCCAAUUGUUAAGAAACUUAGUAGGUAUAUAUACAAAGUAGUUACUUACUUAAAAAUUUUAGCACAGUUUUUUUUUUAACAUUUGAUUAGUUUAUACGUACAAUAUUUACUUUCUUGUUAACCAAAAUAAACGUACUAAAACAAUAAACAGUAUUUCUAACAGA